UCUGAAACAAUCGUAACAUUACCUUCUUUCUCCCCUCCAACCAUUUCCCUUCGACUAACCGCGACAGUUUCUCACAGGGUGCCUCAGCUGCAUACAGAACCAAACGAGCGUCUUCACAAGUCUCCUACGAAACAAAAGUCUGAGAGAAAGGGAAAAGAAAAAUUAAAACCAACAAGAUGAAUACAAGAGCAACAGCCCUUCUUCUCUGCUUCUUCAUCCUCAAUGCAAUGGUAACAUUCAAUAGUGGAGUCAGUGCAGUGCCGUCCCAGAUGAAAGGCAAGCAGAACACUUUUGCUGCAUCGGAGAAUAACAUGGAGCAACAAACUCCACGGUCGGUCAUCAGUUCAGCAGCUGACGCUAUGAACAGGAGGGAUUUCGACUACUACAGUACCACAUCUUUUUACGGUUACCCAGAUGGGAAACGAGGUUUCUUUGAAUGCAGACCAGCUGGCAACCGAUGUAGUUUCCUGCAAAGAUGCUGUGGCGCUUUAAGAUGCGAUCGUGAGAAAUUCUUCCACUUUUUCGGUCGCUGUUAUUAAAUUAUUCAAAACUUUGUCAAAAUAACACUACGACAAAAGAUGGAAUCAUGAAGAAAGAGCGACACACUGAACAAACAAGUGCCUAAAUAUUAAGGAACAGUGAGCAACAACAUCAUCAUCAUCAUCUUUAACGCGAUAUAAUACAGCUGCCCGUUCCUUCCACAUCCAUUUAAUAGAUAAAUCGAUGACUUGUGCCUAAUUCGAGAUUAGGAUUUCGCAUAAUAAAAAAAAAACAAUUGUAAUGAUCAAUAUUAAAUAAAUGAUAAUGAAUAAAA